AUAAUUUUGCAAGUCAGAGAGAUGGGGACGACGUUAUGGUAUAGUAGCCGCUGACCCAGUGUGAGGCUCAUACACGUGCAAAUCAAGAUGGCAGACGUUAGUCGAUGUUUCUUGUUGUGCAAAGGUUUUCAAAAGGAUUCAUUGCUUGGAAUUGAAAAACACUGCAAUAAAAAUCAUGUCAUAUUAACAUUCAAGGAUAGAGGAGUUGUGGUUUAUGACUUAGAAAAUAAUAAACUUGUGCUCAGUUUACCAGUCCAGCAAAGAAGAGAGUUCACAUCUGCAGUAGUCCAGGACCCUGAGAGUAGAAAAUAUGUUGGGAUUAUUGAAAACGUGAAUAUUUGUCAAUGGCAUGAGAAUGCUGAAGACUUGGUAGACUGCCAGCAAAUCAAGGUUGAUAAACCUGUUUUCAAGAUCCUUGUCAGUUCUACUUGUUCUCUUGGCCCUGUUGUUGUGUUUCAUGAUGGUACUUGGAGUUUACUAUCCAACUGCAAUACCAUAACAACAAGGAAAACAAGAAGACAGUCAACUGCAGUAACUCAAAGAGUUUUGACAUGUAAAUUAUUGAAAUAUAACAACAUCCCUCUAGUAUGUAUGGCUAAACAUAAGGAAAACCGUUUAAUUGUCAGUGUCUCUAGACUAGUAGCUGAUAAAGAUGCCCAAUGCACAACUGAAUGGACCAUUGAUGCUCCAGCUAAGAAUGAAGAACUAUUAAGCUGCUGUUUUCAAGAAUUUGGAAAUUUCAACUUCGUUUCAUUAUGGUCUGAAGGAUCUCUGUGUAUAACAGAAUUAAAGGAUGUCUUAGAAAGAUUUAUGCAUCAAGAACAGAACAGGUUAACAUGCAGAUGCAUCAACAAGAUAAACAAAGGACCAAAAAUAUGCAAUAAAACCAGACAUCAGAAAUCUGUUGUCAUGGAAACAUUGGACUCUACACAUGUUUGCUUAUGUUAUGGAUCCAAUACAGAGAACAACCUACAAGAUGCCAUUUACAUAUAUGAGACAAAGUUUGGCACCAAACAGGCCAGUAUAACUUUAGAAAAACUGAAUACAGAUGGCGGUACUACAGAAGGCCCCCUUGAUGUAGAGCACAUGUUGUGUACAGAAGGAUAUGUUUGUAUGGCUGUUGAUAACUGUGUGGCAGCAUGUUCUUGUACAGUAAAGGAAUCAUCCCUUGCUACAGCUCUUGGCAAAAUGGCUCCAAGAACAAGUAGGACGAAUGGGACAGAUGGCUUGACUUCCAUUAGACCACUUCUUUGUAUCCCACAGUUACCAGACCCCAGCAAGGACCUGAAAGACUGGAUGGAAUUAAUGCAAACAGAGCAAUCCACGGAAGAAACAGUAUUACAAAAGUUAACCAGUCCCAAAAAGAUAAAGUCACCAAAGGAAUUCCACACAGAGCUGAGAAAGUACCUAGACUCUAAAUAUUCCAUGGAUAAUGUUGUUGAUACUGUGAAGAAGGCUCCACUUAAGUCUAAGGAUAAACUAAAAGGGAAAUAUCGGCUUUCUCAACAUUUUGUAUUAACUGUCCUGUCACAAUGUCUAGAAGAAACAACUUCCUGGCCCAAUGAAGCCCUCUCUUGCCUUAUCCAGACACGAUGUAUUCCAGGAAGUGCAAGUGCAGACCUUCUGAAGCGACUGACUGAGAAAAAUGAGAUAGAUAUGAUAUUGAAAUGCCUCAACAACAUUCAGGGCAUCCCAGAAUCCUCUCUUGUUUCCUGUUUGCAGUAUGUUCUAGAAUCCAAUGACUCAGUGUUUGGUGAUGAACAAGAUGACUCUUCGGCUGGGAAUACAGAAGAAGACUCUGUGGGGGAUGGCUGUCCAUUUGGUGAAAAAAGAUCCAACUUACUCUGCCAUCUGCUCAGCUACCCAGUCAACGAUGUGUUUAUCCAAGACAGCAUUAAAAAGAUGAACUCUUCUCAGGUUAUG